AGGGGUGGGGCUUAGAGGAAGCGGAAGUGUCAGAGCAGGCGGAAGUGGUACUGCCCUGAAUACCCUGAGCAGCGAGCGGAGGACGGCUUGACAAACUCCCAUCGUUCAGAGAAUAAAAUCGGGAUCCCUAGUACGCUCAAAAUCCUAAAAGAUGGAUAAGCACGACCUGGUGCAGAAAGCCAAGCUGGCAGAGCAGGCCGAGCGCUACGACGACAUGGCGGCUGCCAUGAAGUCCGUGACGGAGCAGGGCCUGGAGCUGAGCAACGAGGAGCGCAACCUGCUCUCUGUCGCCUACAAGAACGUGGUGGGAGCCCGCCGUUCAUCCUGGCGCGUCAUCUCCAGCAUCGAGCAGAAGACGGAGGCGAACGAGAAGAAGCAGCAGAUGGCCCGCGAUUACCGUGUGAAGAUCGAGGCUGAACUCCAAGAAAUCUGCCACGACGUGCUGAAUCUGCUCGACAAAUUCCUCAUUCCCAACGCAUCUCAGGCGGAGAGCAAGGUGUUCUACCUCAAAAUGAAAGGAGACUACUUCAGAUACCUGUCGGAGGUGGCCUCUGGGGACUCAAAGAAGGACACGGUGGAGAACUCUCAGCAGGCCUACCAGGAUGCCUUCGACAUCAGCAAGAAGGACAUGCAGCCAACACACCCCAUCCGGCUGGGCCUGGCCCUCAACUUCUCCGUCUUCUACUACGAAAUCCUCAACUCGCCUGAGCAGGCCUGCUCUCUGGCCAAGCAGGCUUUCGACGAGGCCAUCGCUGAGCUCGACACCUUGAACGAGGACUCGUACAAAGACAGCACGCUGAUCAUGCAGCUACUAAGGGACAACCUGACUCUGUGGACAUCAGAAAACCAGGGAGACGAGGGUGAAACCGGCGAAGGAGAGAACUAGAGCGCACUUCACUGUUAACCCAUCCCCACACUCUUCCUCUUCCUCCUCCUCCUCCUCUUCCUCCUUUUAAUCUCUCCUCCUCUUUCUUCUCUUGUUCUUCCUCUCUUCGUACACAUAAACAAGCCCGUUCAUUCCCUCGUCCCACUUUUUCAAAGCCCAGCCUUCCCGACUUCCCUUCUGUAUAACCAACAGCAUGAAUAGUACCUGAACCUUCACAGACAAAUUAUUGGGGACAAAAAAAUAAAUAACUAAAUAAAUAAAUAAUGGAAACGAGGGGGGAAAAAAAGAAAGAAACGACUCCAUCACCCCGCCAUUACUCCUUCCCUCCAUCCCUCCCACCUUCCCUCAAUCAUGGCACUCCAGUGCAGGCCAGCAGACUAAAAUAAAACACUGGCCAGCCCAGUCUUUAACGCAGGGAGGGUUUUUAUCCGAAAAAAAACACAAAUCAAAUGAAGAGCCCACCUCCUUCUGUUUUUAUUUCUUUGCUGUUUUUUCUUUUUGUUUUGUUUUUUUUUACCCUCUUUUGUUUAAUCUUUUUUUUUUCUCCCCACUCCUUCCGUUCCUCCCUCCUUCCUAACAUCUCAGUACGUUCUCUCACCCUCCUCCCCCCUCCAACUCCUCUCUGUAGCGAGUUAAUGCAUUUAUAUAGUUGUCCAUUCCUUCUAUUUUUGGCUUUUCUUAGUGUACUGGCAAAAAAAAAAAAAAUGGCUGGUUUUAUUCCACUUUAAACGAAAAACAAAAAAAGGUUAUUAAACUGUCCGUUUAUUUUCAACAAA